CUAAAGAUGGCUGGAGGGUUUCGAUAUAAGAUUUGGGAUCCUCCAUUGAUUAUUUCACAAAUCAUCACAAUGCAGGCAGUUUAUUACAUUGGUCUUGGUAUAUGGAUUGCCUUUAUGGAUGUCUUCACUGGACAUCACAGAUCACUUGAUAGUAUCUUCAAAUACCAGGAGAUCCAAAUAAAAGAGGGACAUGGUAGAGCAGUGAUGGCUGCAUUUAUUCUCAAUGCACUAACUGGAUCCUUAGGAUUGUGGAAAAUUGUUCAAAGAACAAAGCAGUGUCUUGAUUUCACAAUAACAGCUCAUUUUCUACACAUGUUGUGCUGUUGGUUUUAUAAUGGACAUCUCCCUUCUCAACCGUCAGUGUGGCUCCUUCAUCUUGUUACCAUAACGCUAAUGUGUGUUCUUGGAGAAUAUCUGUGUAUGAGGACUGAGAUGCAGAAUAUCCCAGUGAUGAGUUCAAAAGUUGAUCUGUGAAUAGUAUGUCAGUUUUUAUACUGUAUUUAUAUUAUUUUAUUUUCUAUAUUUGUAAUAAUAGUCAAUAUUAGCUAGUGAAAAUAAUCUAGGUGUAUUAAAAAAAGAUAUCUGUAAAACUUGUAUGAACCAUUUCCACUUAGGCAUAUAGGGUAUUUUAGGAAAUAUUUUUAACUGGAGGUUUGUGAUAUUGAUUUUAGUAACAAGAAAGUUUAAAGUAUUUUUUUCUCUUUUUAUUUAGAACAUAGCUAGAUAGGAUUGCAGUCCCAAUACAUCCAAAGAAUUCAGAUGAUUUUAUUAUUGAUCUUAGUGUUUGAAGUCAUCCAGUGAGACAAUAUGAAGCUUCCAAAUAUUACCUUCCAUGUAGAUGAAGGAUAGAAGAAACAAA